AUCCAGGGCGAAUUUGAGCACGUAGCCGGAGUUUUGCCGGACGAUAUACGCUAUCGAUUGGAUGUUUUCCACAGCACUAAAGCGAUGUCAAAGAGACAACACCGACGAUACUCAGUGUCUUUAGUCGAAAGGAAUCCACUCCACAUUUGGAGUUCCUCACAUCAACACAGGAUUAGGAUCAGCGUCUCACUGUCUCCCAAUUCUCAAUUUAAGGAUGUAUGAAAACGCACCUACCUUGGUGGCACCACAGAGGGUCUUGGGUGAUCGUAGGACAACUCAGGAGGAGAUGCUGGGCCAGACCAGGCAGGUGAUCCAGGGGAUGGAGGCCCUGAGACUAGAGCACUACUCUCUCCUGGAGGGCCUACUGGGGAGCCUGCACUGCCUGGAGGUGGAGGGGAGCCAGAACCACGAGGAGCCCAGCCCUGCCCAGGAGAAGGCCAGGGCCAUCCGCCGCUCGCUGGACACUCUAGAGCUUGGGCUGGGCGAAGCGCAGGUCUUGCUGGCACUGUCGGCCCACCUUAGCAUGGUGGAGGCGGAGAAGCAGAAGCUGCGUGCUCAGGUGAGGCAGCUGUGCCAGGAGAACCAGUGGCUGCGGGACGAGCUGGCCAGGGCACAGUGGAGGCUGCAGGAGAGCGAGCAGAGUGUGGCGCAGCUGGAGGAGGAGAGGAAGCACCUGGAGUUCAUGAGCUGCCUCCGGCGAUAUGAUGACGACGGCGAUGACCUUUCGUCCCCCGAAGAGAUGGAUUCCAGCAAGGAGACACUGGAUGACCUCUUCCGCAAUGACGAAGAGGAGAACCAGGGCCAUGGCAUUCAGCAGCACAGUAGCAAUGUGGCGAUGGCUGCCGCCAACCAGGGUGGCUACGAGAUUCCAGACCGUCUGCGUACGCUCCACAACCUGGUGAUCCAGUACGCCUCGCAGGGUCGCUACGAGGUGGCCGUGCCUCUCUGCAAACAGGCCCUGGAGGACCUGGAGAAGACCUCCGGACAUGAGCACCCAGAUGUAGCCACCAUGCUUAACAUUCUGGCCCUAGUCUACAGGGACCAGAAUAAGUGCAAAGAGGCAGCAAACCUUCUCAACGACUCGCUAGCGGUACGGGAGAGGACCCUUGGCAGGGACCACCCGGCGGUGGCUGCUACACUCAACAACCUGGCUGUGCUUUAUGGGAAGAGUGGGAGGUACAAAGACGCCGAGCCACUGUGUAAACGAGCGCUGGAGAUUAGGGAGAAGAUACUGGGUAAGGAGCAUCCUGACGUGGCCAAGCAGCUGAACAACCUGGCCUUGCUGUGCCAGAACCAGGGGAAAUAUGGAGAGGUGGAGCAGCACUACCAACGGGCCCUGGACAUCUACCAGACCAGGCUUAGCCCCGACGACCCCAACAUGGCUAAAACCAAGAACAAGCUGGCUUCCUGUUACCUAAAGCAGGGGAAGUUUAAACAAGCAGAAGUGCUGUUCAAAGAUAUCCUAACCCAUGCCCACGAGAAGGCCAGUGGCUAUACAAAUGGGGAGGUCAAGUCCAUCUGGAUGCAGGCAGAGGAGAGGGAGGAACAGGGCAGACAGAGAGAAGGCCUGUCUAUAGGAGAUCAAGGUAGCUGGGACAGAACUCGCAAAGUGGACAGUGCCACCAUUACCAACACCCUGAGGAACUUGGGAGCCCUCUACAGGCGACAGGGCAAACUGAAGGCAGCAGAGACAGUGGAGGCGGCGGCCAUUCACACCCCUAAACAAAGCCAGAAGCGUUGUGUUCUAGCUGCCGAGGCCUCCAGCAACAGCACGGCCAUGGAUCACCAAUGCAGCAGUAGUGAGAGCCUGACCUCUGAGGUGAUCACAGUGAAGUACAACAGUGGCCUACAUGGGGGAGAGGAGGUCAUCCGCAGUCUGGAAUGGAAUGGGGAUGACCGUGGCUCCCUGAAGAGAAGCAGCUCCUUCAGUAAGCUGCGAGCCUCCAUCCGACGGAGCAGCGAGAAGCUCGUCCGCCGACUGAAGGGGGACAAAAACCCUGGCUAACCAGUCCCAUGUCUGACUAGGCUUCACAGUUCACACCCUUGCCACAACAGAGGGCGGGGCAGUGGACAUGUAUGGGGCACCAAGGCCCAGGCCUCAAUUUAACAAUGCCUAACCCCUAACCCCCAGGCACUUGUAGAUCUGAAAGCAUUGGAUAGGUAUAAACAAUAUACAACCUAGUGGGGAAAAAAGCAGGGCCAUAUUACUAAAUGCAAUACUUUCUGAAAUACAGUCAUUAUGCGCCUAGGCUGUGGUUGUUUCAAACAGAACCCCAUUGUCUUACAUCAGAUAGCAUAAUUUGUGUUUGCACUGAUCGGUAGAGGGACUAACAGUCGAAGAAGUAGGAGUGGCGCCACCUGUUGAAAGACAAUGACUGAAUCCUAGCCCUUAGCUCCCGUUUGUUGGUACUCUUUUGAUUCCCUUUCAACAUGACUGGCCUGAACAAAGCUUUAGAUGGAACGCUUGGCCAUUACCGUCCCAACCCUAAAGCCCUGUGAGAUUCUGAUACAGUACCAUCGCCUUAUUCUAUGCCAGCCAUAUUUGCACCACCUGGGUAUUGGUAAUGUAAUGGUAGCUCAAGCUUGUUUGCUUUUCUAGUCCUUCCCUAUCAUAAAGUACCCAUUGGCAGAAGCUAUAGUAGGGAUGGCUUCAAACUAUUGAGAUGCGCCCUUUGAUUAUCUGUCUAUGUGUAGCAAAUGGGAGAACUGUAAAACUCACUCCUUAACCUGAAGUGUCACUCCUUGCGCCAUUGGAAAAGUCCUUUUCAAUAGUGCCACGGGUUAGAACACUUCAGGAGGGAGGUCACGUGUGUUUGCGGGGCAGAGGUCCUGAGUUGGAAGUCUCGAUAUGAGUCGAUCAAGGGGAAGCGGUACUCGCUAAGCAAGCAGCGUGACGUCCUUUAUAUAUGUCGUAGACAUGACUUGGCUCAAGCUACUGACAUUCUCAACCCCUUCAUUUACGUUUCAUUUAAUGUCUUGUUUAUAUGUGAACAUUUCUCUGUAAAAACUGUAGAAAUGAUAGAAAUGUUUAAGAGCCAGGUAGGUUGUGCACAUUUUCAUGUGAUUUUCAUGUGAUUUUUAAACACCUGCUGGAUGAAAAAAGUAGAGAAUUUCACAUCGUAGUUGCAUUUAAAUAUAAACACAGUGUAUACCAAACAUUAGGAACAACUUCCUAAUAUUGAGUUGCACCCCCCUUUUGCCCUCAGAACAGCCUCAGUUUGUCUGGGCAUGGACUAUACAAGGUGUCGAAAGCGUUCCACAGGGAUGCUGGCCCAUGUUGACUCCAAUGCUUCACACAGUUGUGUCAAGUUGGCUGGAUGUCCUUUGGGUGGUGGACCGUUCUUGAUACACAUGGGAAACUGUUGAGCGUGAAAAACCCCAGCAGUGUUGCAGUUCUUGACACAAACCGGUGCACUUGGCACCUACUACCAUACCCCGUUUAAACAAACUUAAAUAUUUUGUCUUGCCAAUUCACCCUCUGAAUGGCACACAAACACAAUCCAUGUCCCUAUUGUCUCAAGGCUUAAAAUCCUUCUUUAACUGGUCUCCUCCCCUUCAUCUACACUGAUUGAAGUGGAUUUAACAAGUGACAUCAAUAAGGAUUUACCUGGUCAGUCUGUCAUGGAAAGAUCAAAUCAAUCACGUUCACAGAUAUCUCAUUCAAGGUAAACGCUGCAGAUGUGAGCUCAAUUGGAAUCAACCGUUAAGCGUCAAGCAGGCUGUAUGUAAUUCUCCUUAAAGGAAAAAUCCACUGAAAAACUAUAUUUUGGUAUUUUUUUAAUUAGUCCACUGUUAAUACAGUCCCAAAAUGUUUUGCAUGUUUUUGGACUAACUCAGGGCACACAGGUCAAAGAGGUGUGCCCAAUCACAAGAAUGUUUGAGGGUUUUAUUUUAAGAAACCUAAUGCAAAUGGUAAAUCUAAGUGCUGGCAUAGUGCUAUAGGUCCAGGGGUGUGUCAGAAAUAUUUGAGCUAUUUUCACAGCAGUUAUGAACACAAUAGUUGGCAGAAGGCCGAAAGGGCUGGGUUUUGAUGAAUAAACAAGUUUUAGGUGUAAUGUGGGCUUGGCGGCUCACUGGCCAAUCAAGGCAUUCCAUGGCUUAAUACCUCAUGCAUUUUUCGCAAAUUAUGUAUAUUAUUGCGUUGUCAUCAACUCCAAUUCGGCUAGGGGCACAGAAUAUUCUCAUCCUAGUCCAUUGUGGAUUGAUACUACAGUUUAUUAAAUAGCAUAGGCAACAGUAACUAGUGAUAGCAACAGUAUUUUUAAAAAUCCACUGUUUGCUCAAUAUCUUUGGAGUGUUGACAGUCAAGAUUGUUGUAAUUAGCUUCAAUGAGUAUAGGCCUUUAUGCAUCGCACUUAUCCGCAAAUAAAAAAUACUAGUCUCCCGUAAAUUGUAUUGUAUGUGUGAGGCAUGUUCUCAAUAAACAAGAUAUAGCCUUGG